UUGUCGGAAAAUUUAUAAAAUAAAAUAAAAUAAAAAUUAAUUACUACUUAAUUGAUCAACUAAUUGAUACCAAAAACAAAAUUUGAAGUCUCCUUAAAUUCACUCCUUCACAAAGACUCCUUUCUCUAUCUCAGCUGAAACGCGCGGUCUGUAACCAUUGGAGGUCUGAAGCACGGCACUUUGCGACUGCAAACACAACUUGGUUGCUGCCUUUGACGAAAUGCUUUUCCAUCGUCUUUGAUCUUGAACUUUGAGGACUCUAAUCAUGUCUGGUCCACUUGAUCGAUUCGCUAGGCCUUGCUUUGAGGGGUUCUCUGGCCAUGAUGAAAGGAAAGAAAGGAAAUCAGAUUUUGAAAACUCAGAGGAUGACAAGCGCACAAGAAUUGGGAACCUGAAAAAGAAAGCAAUGCAUGCAUCAAGUAAAUUCAGACGUUCUCUUAAGAAAAAGAAUAGGAGGAAAAGUGGAACCCUUAAUUCUGUUUCUAUUGAGGAUAUUCGCGAUGUUGAGGAGCUGCAGGUUGUAGAUGCAUUUCGACAGGCACUUAUCUUGGAGGAGUUGCUACCUCCAAGAUAUGACGACUAUCAUAUGUUGUUGAGAUUCUUGACAGCAAGAAAGUUUGAUAUUGAGAAAGCUAAGCACAUGUGGGCCAACAUGAUUCAGUGGCGGAAGGAGUAUGGUACUGACACUAUUUUGGAGGAUUUUGAGUUCAACGAAUUGGAUGAAGUUCUAAACUACUAUCCUCAGGGUUAUCAUGGUGUGGACAAGGAAGGACGUCCUGUUUACAUUGAAAGAUUGGGAAAAGUUGAUGCCAACAAGCUUAUGAAUGUGACCACUUUGGAACGGUAUGUGAGAUACCAUGUAAGGGAGUUUGAAAGGUGUUUUGCAAUCAAGUUUCCAGCAUGCUCUAUUGCUGCAAAGAGACACAUAGAUUCAAGUACAACGAUCUUAGAUGUUCAAGGCGUGGGAUUUAAAAAUCUAACGAAACAUGCACGGGAUCUCAUCAUGCGAUUACAAAAGAUUGAUAAUGACAACUAUCCCGAGACACUUUGUCGGAUGUUUAUAAUAAAUGCUGGUCCUGGUUUUAAACUUCUCUGGAACACAGUUAAAUCAUUUCUUGAUCCAAGAACAACCACAAAGAUUCAUGUUCUUGGUAAUAAGUACCAGAGCAAAUUGCUUGAAAUAAUCGAUGCGAGCGAGUUGCCAGAAUUUUUGGGUGGUAACUGUACCUGUUCCGAUCAAGGAGGUUGUAUGAGGUCUGAUAAGGGGCCAUGGAAAGAUCCAAACAUAUUGAAGAUGAUACUUAGCGGUGAAGCACAAUGUUCCAGACAAAUUGUAACAGUUUCAACCAGUGAGGGCAGAGUUAUUGCUUGUGAUAAGCCUCGUUUUCCUAUGGUGAGGAGUAGUGAUACUUCUACUGCUGAGUCAGGAUCGGAAGUGGAAGAAAUGGCUUCUCCCAAGUCAAGUUUGAGCUAUUUACGACCUAGGUUGACUCCUGUUUGUGAGGAGACAAGGGGGGUUGGUAAGGCAAGCAGUGCUGGUGGCUUGUCUGAGUAUGACGAACAUGUUCCUAUGGUAGACAAGGCUGUCGAUUCAGCUUGGGAGAAACAAGUGUCACGUCAGAAUCCUUCUGUUUCUGGAGGACCAACUUCUCUGCCAAUUGUAGUAAAAGCUCCAGAAGGAAUAUGUGCUUAUAUCUGCUCUGUGGUUUUGUCAAUCUUUCUUGCUCUUGUUACUUUCAUCCGAUCAGCCACAUUGUGGGUGGCCAAGAAGCCCCCUUACACUGUGUCUGAAACUAGCUAUGACAGUCCUAACCUGGCUAUUGAAUCAGUUCCAGUGGAGGAUUUCCGUCCUCCAUCACCAGCUCCAAAGUUAACAAGAGCAGAUCUCCUUUCAUGUGCUUUCAAAAAGCUUGGUGAGCUUGAAGAGAAGGUAGAUAUGCUACAGGCAAAGCCAUUUGAAAUGCCCUAUGAGAAAGAGGAGCUGCUAAAUGCUGCUGUUUGUCGUGUGGAUGCAUUAGAAGCAGAGCUAAUUGCUACAAAAAAGGCUUUGUAUGACGCUUUAAUGAGGCAGGAAGAAUUACUUGCGUACAUAGAUAGACAAGAACAGGCUAAGUUUCAGCAGAAAAAAAAGUUUUGCUGGUGAGGUAAUUGGUGUGCAUGGUGAAUAAUGUGGCGAUGAUUGAUGCGGCUGUGAGGUUCCAUUUGUAUGGUGGUUGUAAAUUUGAGAUGCUUACGAAGUUUGUCAUCUAGAUAUGCUGUUGCAUCCCUUGUUAAGGGUUUUAUAUAUAAUUACAAUGCGAUUACAUUUUCUGUAAAUAAGAGGAAAAUAUAACUUUUUUUUCUCCAUACUAAAGCUUUUGCACGUAAAGGUUGUGUGGAUAUAGGUGGGUCGAUGGCUGUAUUUUUGUGUUUGUGAUUAUCAUAUACGAUGAAUAUAUCUAAAAUUUAUUUA